CAUAAUUUGGAAAGAAAUGCUUGGGAAUUAUCAAUUAAAAGAAUUAAUCAAUUUUAAGGUUAUCGCUGGCCGAAAAACAUUCAAAAUCGUUGUAUGGUAUGGCUAUCAAAAUCGCUCAAUACAAGAAGGAUCAGUAAAAAAUUGGACAAUCGACAAUUGUUUGUUAUCAACUGAUAGAAAUACAGUAAAUGAAAGUGACGUGGUAGUGAUUCCAAUGCAAAUAUAUCGACAAUUUGAAGAUCUACCGCAAAGACGUAAUUCGUUACAGAGAUGGGUCAUGCUUUUUGAUGACUACCCCAGUAUGAUUUUAAAAAGAGAUGGCUGGCAGUCAGGGAAAUUUAAAAGAAUGUUUAACUGGAGUAUGACAUAUCGUUUAGACUCGGAUGUACCAAUACCAUAUGGAUGGACAGAGAAAAGGGAAAAACCCAUAAAAAUCAAGCAGAAUUUUGCAAAUUAUCAUGCUAAUGACACUGCCCUCGCAUCAGCUGUUAUAAGCCAUUGCUCAUAUACAUUAAACAAUAGAAUUAGUUAUGUAAAAGAACUUGAGAAGUAUGUCUCCCUUGAUUUUUAUGGCUAUUGUGGGAACAAGAAAUGUCCUGGGCAACAGUAUGUGACACCUUGUGGUGAAAUUAAAAAGCACAAAUUUUUCCUUGCAUUUGAAAACAGUAAUUGCAUGGAAUAUAUAACAGAGAAACUUUGGCUUCUUAGCUAUGACCAGAAAGUGAUACCAAUCGUUAUGGGGGCUCCUAAGAGUGACUACAUAGCACAAGCACCUCCAAAUUCCUUUAUACAUGUUGAUGAUUUUAAAUCUCCAAAAGCACUUGCUGAAUAUAUCACAAUGCUUGACAAAAAUAAUACAGCUUAUAAUGAGUACUUCCAAUGGCGAAGGCUUUAUACUACACAUUCUA